UUCCCCAUAUGUUAGGGUUCUCAUUCUCAAGCUCACUCUCACGGUUUCUCAUUCUCACUCUCACAUAGCAUCGAAGGCAACGAUCUCUAUAGGUUUUGCAAAGGCAACGAUCUAGCGGCGGCGAUCUCCGUCGGCGUUACCAAGGUGGUUCUCCGGCGUGACAGAGUUGUUGCUUCACAGAGUUGUUGGCACUCUAUUGCAAUUGGCGAAACCUGUCGAAGAGACUUACGCAUCAAUCAGCAGAAAAUACGGUGAUUGUGGAGAAGGCUGAGAGAAGUGAUAUUCCUAACAUCGACAAGAAAAAGGUUAAUGCUGAAAAGAAAAAGCAAACGCCCCCAAAACUCGCUGCAACAAAGUUCGCAGGAGCUCGAUCUUCCUGUCGGCGAGGCAAGGCUUUGGGUCACCGGCCACUCUUUCUCUCUCUCUUCUCUCUCUCUCUCUACGCAUAUAUAUAUUUUUGAUCGGUGGGAGAGAGAUUUAUUCAAUGGCCAAGAAUUCGAGACCAAGGAAAUUAUCUGUAUACCUUUACAUUCCCAACAUCAUUGGAUACAUAAGGGUUCUUAUGAACUGCUUUGCCUUCUACAUUUGCUUUUCAGACAAAAAGCUUUUCUCGGUUCUCUAUUUUGUUAGCUUUGUCUGUGAUGCCUUGGAUGGUUGGUUUGCUCGCAAAUUCAAUCAAGUUUCGACCUUUGGAGCGGUUUUGGACAUGGUUACAGAUAGGAUUAGCACUGCUUGUCUACUGGUAAUUCUCUCCCAAAUAUAUAGGCCUGGCCUAGUUUUCUUGUCAUUGCUUGCUUUGGAUAUUGCCAGCCAUUGGUUGCAGAUGUACAGUACUUUCUUGGUAGGCAAAGUGAGUCAUAAAGAUGUAAAAGACAGUACUAAUUGGCUAUUCAAGGCAUACUACGGCAAUCGGAUAUUUAUGUGCUAUUGUUGUGUUGCUUGUGAGGUUCUUUACAUUAUUCUAUUUCUUCUUGCAAAGAACCAGAAUGAGAAUCUGAAAAAUGUUAUAAUGAAUGCUACAAAACAGAACUCAGUUCUUUCUGUUCUACUUGUUUUACUUGUGGUUGGAUGGGCUAUCAAGCAAGCAGUAAAUGUUAUACAGAUAAAGACAGCAGCAGAUGCGUGCGUGGAUUAUGACAUCAACAAAAAGCAGAAGCCAUAAUAUUGAAACAGAAAAUGUCCCCACGGCAAUGUUGCUUCCACAAAGAUGCAGACUGUUUUAUCAUCCUGAUCGCAUUGAGUUGUCAUCUGGUUGAACAGAGAACAUGCUUCAAGCAGUGUCUGUGUCCCUCAGUUUUAUGGUUCGUGACUAAAUGGUUUUGACUUGCUACAGGAAGGAAGAUAUUUAACUCUGUAUGGUUUUUUGUAUAAGUCACAAUGGGAGUGUGGUUUUGUGUUUCUUUUUUAAAGCCUAGGUCAUUUGGCACUGGAAGGGCCAUUGUACAUUGUCUCAUAGACAGUAUGAAGAUGGUUUAUCAUUCAAUUUGUGUUGCUUUGGAUUCCGGAUAAGUACCCUUCUUCUAUUAGUUGGCUCUAUCUCUCCGGCUUACAAUUUUAAGGUUUUUUUGGGACAAAUUCAAAGGUAUUGAUUCUUUA